UACCACAACAUUGCUCUGACAUAUUUACUGAGAAAUAAAAUGCAAUACAUAAACCAAAAUUCAAAACUUCUGAACAAGUGGGGAAAAAAUAUUUUGCAUGCAAUUCUGAAGAAAACAAAUCACAUUAUAAUAGUACAUUAAAAGGAUAAUGUAUCAGUAAAAAUAAACAAAAUCCCGCUAUAUUUAUGGAUUAAAAUGCAAGGGACAACUUUUCAGUAAUUCAGAGAUGGUUUAAUUGAUGAUUUUAUAGAUUAUUACUGUUUAUUUAAUUGACUGAUAAAAUGUCAGUAUAGGUAAUGGUCUUUCCAGGGCUAUGCGUUUGUUUACGGGAAAAGACAAUACAUUUUUUACCUUAUUUUUUUCUCUUCUUUGCAAUUUUUAUUUUUUCUUUCUUUGCAUUUUCUUCGCUUAUAUGACUAGAAUGUGAAAAUUAAAUUGAAGUACUACUGUUGAACUAGAUUGAACUUUCUACUAAUGGAAGAGAUGUUUGCUGGAUGUCUGCUGUAGUCAGAGCUGUUGAGAAACAGACAGUCCAUAGGAACUGAGGAAUGUGGAAGUAAAACGUUUCAUGGAGAAACCACUGAAGCCCAUUCAUUUCAGUGUUUCUCUAGCACACUCACUGAUAAAUUGAAGAAAAGACUGCAUUUUUUGACAUUUUAUCGCAUUAGUUGAGCUUUUAGAAAUCUGUCCAGUAGUGGAAUUAUUAUAGUUAAUGUUUAUCGUUAGAUAAAAGACAGUUAUACAAUAAUUGCAGUUAGAUUACAUUAGAAACAUCUUAAUAUAGCAACCAUAAACAGAUGCUAGUUGUCAUACUUUUAAGUUGUUAGUCUUUCUGCAAUCUUUCUCUCCUGUAGGAUGUUGAAUUAGUUUCAAUGAAAACUGCUCAUUAAAGGAAUACAAUAAAGAGUUUCACUGAAUGCAAUUGGUUGCGUACUCCGUAUUUGUUUGCUUUUUUUAUAUUAACCUAUUUUGUAUGCUAAUGUGAAUAAUUAACCCUUUUAAAUUUAACAUUUAAAAAAAUCCUGUGUUUGAUAAAGUCUAAAUAUACAUUCAAAUGCAAAACCUAAAAAAAUAAGCAAGCAAUUAUGACUGGCAAAAUUGAGCAAACUACGGCAUUACAUAUGAAUAUAAUAUUUUUCCUGGCUGCCAAAUGCCUCUAAUUUGCCUCUUUGCACUGGAACUUAAAAUGUUUUCUCCAUUUCAACCCAAAAUACUACACUAAUUGUGAUAUAAAUAAGCAUAUGAUAUAUUUUAAAUGGUGAUUCAUGGAUCAUAAUUAUUGCACAUAUUAUUUAGUACCAGAAAUCUCUUUAAAAUAUUACUAAAUAGAACUUAACAAAAAUGUACACUUAAGGUGUUUGGUCCAUGGUUUGGUCACAUUUGACUGCCAGGAGUAUGAGUGCAUAUUAAUACUGUCUCUUUAUCACUCACCAGAAUGAGAAUUCUAUUCUAAAGGGUAGUCAGCGUAGUUGUCAAUGUACAUUAUGUGUUAAUAAUUACUAUAAAUUGCUGCAAAUGUAGUGAAACUGCUGUCUGUCCCCAUUAAACUAAUCAAAACAGACUGACAGCGCGGAGUUUUUUGGAACUAUUGAGAGCUCCAUGAACCACGUGAUCGCGUGGCUGCGUUUCACAAUGGCUCUGGCUGUAGUUUUUCAGCGUUUCAGAUGCGUCUCACGUCAUGACGACGCGCUCCAUCAGUAUCCAUGGCAACGGUCUGUUUUUAUUUUUCUUCACUCUCAUCAGCAUCUCGCGACGAGCUGAUCGCUGAGUUAAUAAACUGACCGGCUUUUCCUUUAGCGACUGUGAUCGUUUAGAUCAAGUUUAUCAUGUGCAGUGAAAUCUGAACACAAGAACCGUGUCGACAUGCCUUGUGUUCAUUAUAAGUUUCGAAGUAAACUCACUCACGACACGGUCCUGUUUGAAGGCCUUCAGAUCACUGUGACAGAGUUAAAACGGCAAAUCAUGAAGCGCGAGAGACUGAAGCUCUGUGACCUGCAGAUCAGCAGCGCGCAGACCAAUGAAGAAUACACUGAUGAUGAAGCACUCGUUCCCAACAACACGUCAGUCAUCAUCAGACGAAUCCCUGCUGUUGGGCUGAAGUCCACAAACAAAAGAUUUGUCAUUCGUCAGCCUGAAGCAUCACGUGGAUCUUCACAAACACAGCAGGUUGGUGAUUCUUCACCAGUUUCACUGGAUCAGCUUCUGAAGACUGAGAAUCUGGCCGAGGCAAAUGCAUCAGAGGAGGACAAACUCAAAGCUGUGAUGUACCAGUCCAGUCUGUGCUAUUAUUCCAGCAGUGAUGCGAUGAAGCUGCUCGGACUGCUUCCACCAAACUACAUCUGUUUCCGCUGUGGGAUUCCUGGACAUCACAUUAAAAACUGCCCGAGCACUUGGGACAACAGUUUUGCUCCUCGUAAACGCAUACAGAAAUGCGCAGGGAUUCCUCGUAGUUUCCUGGUGGAGGUGGAUGAUCCUGACAGAAAGGGAGUCAUGAUGGACAGCAGUGGGAAAUACGUCAUUCCCGUUAUGGAUGCUGAGGCCUAUGCGAUUGUGAAGAAAGAGAAGCCGCCCUUCUCACCCCAGCAUGAGCCUUCAUCCCCUUCCUCUUCCUCAUCCGAUCCAGUCCCCGCCGCGCUGCUGUGUCGGAUCUGUAAGGAUCUGCUGACUGAUGCUGUGAUGAUUCCCUGCUGCAGCACCAGCUCCUGUGAUGAAUGUAUCAGAACAUGUUUGCUGGAGUCUGAUGGACACCUUUGUCCAACCUGCAGACAGUCAGAUGUUUCUCCUGAUGCUUUGACCGCGAACACUGUUUUGCGUCAAGAGGUGAAUCAUUUUAGGAAUGGAACCAGAUCUUUGCGUCCAAACCACAGCCGUCGAUCCCGGUCACCCAUCCAACAAUCCUCAUCAAAGAGGCGUCGGGAUGUGAGAGAGAAUCAUUCCCACUCAAGAUCUCCUCUAAACAGAAAUACAGACCAGAAGAGACCUCGUCACUGAAAGAAAGACUUUCAGUCCUGCAUUGGAGAAACCUUGUGAAGCAUCAGUUACAAACUCCCCACAAAUAAACACGAAGCAUCAAAAUGUAU